AUGAGCAAGUUCAGCUUCCUUGAGCAGAGUGAGCAGAGCUUGCUCAUGCUCCUCGAGCAGGUUGAGCAAGAAAAAGCAGAACGACAAGCACCACCACUAGAAGCUGAAGCAAGCACAAGCACGGCCGAGCAGACAAGCACCACCAAUGAACCACCUACAAGCACGACCGAGCAGACAAGCACCACCACUGAAGCAACCACAAGCACGGCCGAGCAGACAAGCACCACCACUGAAGCAACCACAAGCACUGCCGAACAGACAAGCACCACCACUGAACCAACUACAAGCACGACCGAACAAACGACAAGCACCACCACUGAAGCAACUACAAGCACGGCCGAACAGACAAGCACCACCACUGAACCAACUACAAGCACGGCAGAACAAACGACAAGCACCACCACUGAAGCAACAACAAGCACGGUUGAACAGACAAGCACCACCACUGAAGCAACUACAAGCACGGCCGAACAGACAAGCACCACCACUGAACCAACUACAAGCACGACCGAACAAACGACAAGCACCACCACUGAAGCAACUACAAGCACGGCCGAACAGACAAGCACCACCACUGAAGCACCCACAAGCACGGCCGAACAGACAAGCACCACCACUGAAGCAACUACAAGCACGGCAGAACAGACAAGCACCACCACUGAACCAACAACAAGCACGACCGAACAAACGACAAGCACCACCACUGAAGCAACUACAAGCACGGCAGAACAGACAAGCACCACCACUGAACCAACAACAAGCACGACCGAACAAACGACAAGCACCACCACUGAAGCAACCACAAGCACUGCCGAACAGACAAGCACCACCACUGAACCAACUACAAGCACGGCCGAACAGACAAGCACCACCACUGAACCAACAACAAGCACGGCCGAACAGACAAGCACCACCACUGAACCAACUACAAGCACGGCCGAACAAACGACAAGCACCACCACUGAACCAACUACAAGCACGGCAGAACAGACAAGCACCACCACUGAACCAACAACAAGCACGGUAGAACAGACAAGCACCACCACUGAAGCAACUACAAGCACGGCAGAACAGACAAGCACCACCACUGAACCAACAACAAGCACGACCGAACAAACGACAAGCACCACCACUGAAGCAACUACAAGCACGGCAGAACAGACAAGCACCACCACUGAACCAACAACAAGCACGACCGAACAAACGACAAGCACCACCACUGAAGCAACUACAAGCACGGCCGAACAGACAAGCACCACCACUGAACCAACUACAAGCACGACCGAACAAACGACAAGCACCACCACUGAAGCAACUACAAGCACGGCCGAACAGACAAGCACCACCACUGAACCAACAACAAGCACGGUAGAACAGACAAGCACCACCACUGAAGCAACUACAAGCACGGCAGAACAGACAAGCACCACCACUGAACCAACAACAAGCACGACCGAACAAACGACAAGCACCACCACUGAAGCAACUACAAGCACGGCCGAACAGACAAGCACCACCACUGAACCAACUACAAGCACGGCCGAACAAACGACAAGCACCACCACUGAAGCAACUACAAGCACGGCCGAACAGACAAGCACCACCACUGAACCAACUACAAGCACGGCCGAACAAACGACAAGCACCACCACUGAACCAACUACAAGCACGGCAGAACAGACAAGCACCACCACUGAACCAACUACAAGCACGACCGAACAAACGACAAGCACCACCACUGAAGCAACAACAAGCACGGCUGAACAGACAAGCACCACCACUGAAGAAACUACAAUCACGACCGAACAAACGACAAGCACCACCACUGAACCAACUACAAGCACGGCUGAACAGACAAGCACCACCACUGAACCAACAACAAGCACGGUAGAACAGACAAGCACCAGCACUGAAGCAACGACAAGCACGGCUGAACAGACAAGCACCACCACUGAAGAAACUACAAUCACGACCGAACAAACGACAAGCACCACCACUGAACCAACUACAAGCACGGCUGAACAGACAAGCACCACCACUGAACCAACAACAAGCACGGUAGAACAGACAAGCACCACCACUGAACCAACGACAAGCACGGCCGAACAGACAAGCACCACCACUGAAGCCACUACAAGCACGACCGAACAAACGACAAGCACCACCACUGAAGCAACAACAAGCACUGCCGAACAGACAAGCACCACCACUGAAGCACCCACAAGCACGGCCGAACAGACAAGCACCACCACUGAACCAACUACAAGCACGACCGAACAAACGACAAGCACCACCACUGAAGCAACAACAAGCACGGUUGAACAGACAAGCACCACCACUGAAGCAACUACAAGCACGGCCGAACAAACGACAAGCACCACCACUGAACCAACUACAAGCACGGCCGAACCGACAAGCACCACCACUGAAGCACCCACAAGCACGGCCGAACAGACAAGCACCACCACUGAACCAACUACAAGCACGACCGAACAAACGACAAGCACCACCACUGAAGCAACAACAAGCACGGCUGAACAGACAAGCACCACCACUGAAGAAACGACGAGCACGGCCGAGCUUACCAGCACUACAACUUAUGCUACGACACCGACAUUAGAGACAACAAUAACCACAGUCGAGCUAUCAUCAACAACGAAAGUACCAACAACAGCAACAACCAAAGCCUCAUCAACCACUGCCGUUUUGACAACAAUCACGGCCAGACCUCCGCCAGUGUCCCCGCCUAAAAAUUGCCCUGCUCCCCAUUACAAGUGCUGCAAGAAUCGGCCGAAAAAACUGGUUCUCUACAACGAAUCUGAUAGGAAGUGCGGCGUGACCAAAGAAGCCCUGAACGCGUUCAACGUCUUCUCGCUGAACAAGCAGCAACUUCUCCUUAAUUCUCCGGCCAAUUCGAUCCGCUUCCGAAGUCAUCAGGUCAAACUUGCCUUUGGCAAAAAUGCCUGCUUCGUCAAUUGUUACUUGAUGAAAAAGGAAAUUAUUUCCGGACACUACGUAAUCAACGAGGCCAAGCUGACCCAUUUCCUGACCUUCCGGCAAAAGGACAACACGUGGAAGUCGAUCAUUUCGGCAGCAGUGUCCGAAUGCUUGUCCACUGUCCAAGCUCUUCACAUUCCUGACUUUAUCUGGCAAAAACACAAAUGUCCUGGAAAGGCGUUCGUCGUGGUGCAGUGCGUUCUCCUCAGAAUGAUCCACAGUUGCCCAAGUAUAGUGCCGAGCAAAUCGUGCAAGAGGAAGUACAAAUUGUUCAAUAAAUGCUACCCAAAUAUUUUGAAACGAUCAAGGCGGCACAGGCAGUACGACGGUGACGAAGACUUUGCGGAGUACGAAGAGCUGCAGCCAUCUCUGGCAAUCUUUUCUGCUUCAGAAGAUUUUAUUGAGAGUUAA